CUUGCUCCCUCUCUUUCCUUGAGUUAGUUUUCCAAGGUUUUACCGGGGCUCGGGAUCUUUUGGGCUGAACGGAACUUUUUGCUCCCUCCUUUUGCUGCUGAGUCUGUCCGUGGACGAGGAAAAAGGCUUCGGAGGCAGAAGAGGCGCAGGGGAGGUGGAGGAAGAGGACGAGGAGGAGGAGGAGGAGGAAGCCGAAGGGGCUCGGCGCGUGUGUGUGCAUGUGUGCAUGCGUGUGUGAGUGCAUGUGUGUGAGUGCUGCCGCUGCCCAGGACCCCCGGCCCCGAAGGUGUUGGCUGAAAUAUGGAGAAUAGUCUUGGAUGUGUCUGGGUACCCAAGCUGGCUUUUGUACUCUUCGGAGCUACCCUGCUCAGUGCACAUCUUCAAGUCACCGGUUUCCAGAUUAAGGCUUUCACAUCACUGCGCUUCCUAGCGGAACCCUCUGAUGCCAUCACAAUGCGGGGAGGGAAUGUCCUCCUGAACUGCUCUGCAGAAUCUGAGCGAGGAGUCCCAGUUAUCAAGUGGAAGAAAGAUGGCAUCCACCUAGACUUGGGAAUGGACGAAAGGAAGCAGCAACUUCUGAAUGGGUCUCUCUCAAUACAAAACAUACUUCACUCCAGGCACCAUAAACCAGAUGAGGGACUUUACCAGUGCGAGGCAUCCUUAGGAGAUUCUGGGUCAAUCAUUAGUCGGACAGCAAGAGUUGCAGUAGCAGGGCCACUGAGGUUCCUUUCCCAGACAGAAUCUGUCACGGCCUUCAUGGGAGACACAGUGCUACUCAAGUGUGAAGUCUUUGGGGAGCCCAUGCCAACAAUACACUGGCAGAAAAACCAACAAGACCUGACUCCGAUCCCGGGCGACUCCCGAGUGGUGGUCUUGCCCUCUGGAGCCCUGCAGAUCAGCAGACUUCAGCCAGGGGACGUUGGAAUCUAUCGAUGCUUAGCCCGGAAUCCAGCUAGCUCGAGAACAGGAAAUGAAGCAGAAGUCAGAAUUUUAUCAGAUCCAGGACUGCACAGGCAGCUGUAUUUUCUGCAAAGACCAUCCAAUGUAGUAGCCAUUGAAGGAAAAGAUGCCGUCCUGGAGUGUUGUGUUUCUGGCUAUCCUCCCCCUAUUUUUACCUGGUUACGAGGAGAGGAAGUCAUCCAACUCAGGUCCAAAAAGUAUUCUUUAUUGGGUGGAAGCAACUUGCUUAUCUCCAAUGUGACAGAUGAUGACAGUGGAACUUACACUUGUGUAGUCACAUAUAAAAAUGAGAAUAUUAGUGCCUCUGCAGAGCUCACAGUCUUGGUUCCACCAUGGUUUUUAAUUCACCCUUCCAACCUCUAUGCCUAUGAAAGCAUGGAUAUUGAGUUUGAGUGUGCAGUCUCUGGAAAGCCUGUGCCCACUGUGAAUUGGAUGAAGAAUGGAGAUGUGGUCAUUCCUAGUGAUUAUUUUCAGAUAGUGGGAGGAAGCAACUUACGGAUCCUUGGAGUGGUGAAGUCGGAUGAAGGCUUUUAUCAAUGUGUGGCUGAAAAUGAGGCUGGAAAUGCUCAGACCAGUGCACAGCUCAUUGUCCCUAAGCCUGCUAUCCCAAGUUCCAGUGUCCUCCCUUCUGCUCCCAGAGAUGUGGUCCCCGUUUUGGUUUCCAGUCGAUUCAUCCGUCUCAGCUGGCGCCCACCUGCAGAGGCAAAAGGGAACAUUCAAACCUUCACAGUCUUUUUCUCCAGAGAAGGAGACAACAGGGAACGAGCAUUGAAUACAUCCCAGCCUGGGUCCCUACAGCUUACUGUGGGAAACCUGAAGCCAGAAGCCAUGUACACCUUCCGAGUUGUGGCCUACAAUGAGUGGGGACCAGGGGAGAGUUCUCAACCCAUCAAAGUGGCCACUCAGCCUGAACUGCAAGUUCCAGGGCCAGUAGAAAACCUACAAGCUGUAUCUACCUCACCUACCUCAAUUCUUAUUACCUGGGAACCCCCUGCCUAUGCAAAUGGUCCAGUCCAAGGUUACAGAUUGUUCUGCACUGAGGUGUCCACGGGGAAGGAACAGAAUAUAGAAGUUGAUGGACUGUCUUAUAAGCUGGAAGGCCUGAAAAAAUUCACGGAGUAUACUCUUCGAUUCCUAGCUUAUAAUCGCUAUGGGCCAGGAGUAUCUACUGAUGAUAUAACAGUGGUUACGCUUUCUGAUGUGCCAAGUGCCCCGCCUCAGAACGUCUCGCUGGAAGUAGUUAAUUCAAGGAGUAUCAAAGUAAGCUGGCUGCCUCCUCCAUCAGGAACACAAAAUGGAUUUAUUACUGGCUAUAAAAUUCGACACAGAAAGACGACCCGCAGAGGCGAGAUGGAAACACUGGAGCCAAACAACCUCUGGUACCUGUUCACAGGACUGGAGAAAGGAAGUCAGUACAGUUUCCAAGUGUCAGCUACGACAGUCAAUGGCACUGGACCACCUUCCAACUGGUACACAGCGGAGACCCCAGAAAAUGAUCUAGAUGAGUCUCAAGUCCCAGACCAGCCAAGCUCUCUCCAUGUGAGGCCUCAGACCAACUGCAUUAUCAUGAGUUGGACUCCUCCCUUGAACCCAAACAUUGUGGUGCGAGGAUACAUUAUUGGUUAUGGCGUUGGGAGCCCUUACGCUGAGACAGUGCGUGUGGAUAGUAAACAGCGAUAUUACUCCAUUGAGAGGUUAGAGUCAAGUUCCCAUUAUGUAAUCUCCCUAAAAGCUUUUAACAAUGCAGGAGAAGGAGUUCCUCUGUAUGAAAGCGCCACCACCAGGUCUAUAACAGAUGUCUCCACCCCCAUGCUCCCACCAGUAGGUGUACAGGCUGCGGCUCUUACCCACGAUGCCGUGAGGGUCAGCUGGGCGGACAACUCUGUCCCUAAGAACCAAAAAACAUCCGAAGUACGACUUUACACUGUCCGCUGGAGGACCAGCUUUGCUGCGAAUGCAAAAUACAAGUCAGAAGAUACAACAUCUCUGAGUUACACAGCAACAGGCCUCAAACCAAACACAAUGUACGAGUUCUCGGUCAUGGUAACAAAAAACAGGAGGUCAAGCACGUGGAGCAUGACUGCACAUGCCACGACGUACGAAGCAGCCCCAACCUCUGCUCCCAAGGAUCUGACAGUCAUUACUCGAGAAGGGAAGCCUCGUGCUGUCAUUGUGAGCUGGCAGCCUCCCUUGGAAGCCAAUGGGAAAAUUACUGCUUACGUCUUGUUUUAUACCUUGGACAAGAACAUACCAAUUGAUGACUGGAUUAUGGAAACAAUCAGUGGUGAUCGGCUUACUCAUCAGAUCAUGGAUCUCAACCUUGACACUAUGUAUUACUUUCGCAUUCAAGCGCGAAAUGCCAAAGGAGUGGGGCCCCUAUCUGAUCCCAUCCUCUUCAGGACUCAAAAAGUGGAACACCCUGACAAAAUGGCUAAUGACCAAGGUCGUCAUGGAGAUGGUGGUUAUUGGCCAGUUGAUACUAAUUUGAUUGAUAGAAGCACUCUCAAUGAGCCACCCAUUGGCCAGAUGCACCCCCCACAUGGCAGCGUCACUCCUCAGAAGAACAGCAACCUGCUUGUGAUCAUUGUGGUCACCGUUGGUGUCAUCACAGUGCUGGUGGUGGUGAUCGUGGCCGUGAUUUGCACCCGGCGCUCUUCAGCCCAGCAGAGAAAGAAACGGGCCACUCACAGUGUUGGCAAAAGGAAGGGCAGCCAGAAGGACCUCCGGCCCCCUGAUCUUUGGAUACAUCAUGAAGAAAUGGAGAUGAAAAACAUUGAGAAGCCAGCAGGCACUGACCCUCCAGGAAGGGACUCCCCCAUCCAAAGUUGCCAAGACCUCACACCAGUCAGUCACAGCCAGUCAGAAACCCAAAUGGGGAGCAAGAGCACCUCUCAUUCAGGUCAAGACACUGAGGAAGCAGGGAGCUCCAUGUCCACUCUAGAGAGGUCACUAGCUGCACGCCGAGCCACCCGGGCCAAACUCAUGAUUCCUAUGGAUGCCCAGUCCAACAAUCCUGCUGUUGUGAGUGCCAUCCCUGUGCCAACCCUAGAAAGUGCCCAGUACCCAGGAAUCCUUCCAUCUCCCACGUGUGGAUACCCCCACCCGCAGUUCACCCUCCGGCCUGUGCCAUUCCCAACACUGUCAGUGGACCGAGGUUUUGGAGCAGGAAAAACAGUGAAUGAAGGACCAACCGCCCAACAGCCACCCAUGUUGCCCCCAGCUCAGCCUGAGCAUCCCAGCAGUGAGGAGGCACCAAGCAGAACCAUCCCCACGGCCUGUGUUCGACCAACUCAUCCACUCCGCAGCUUUGCCAACCCUUUGCUACCUCCACCAAUGAGUGCAAUAGAACCGAAAGUCCCUUACACACCGCUUCUGUCUCAGCCAGGGCCUGCUCUUCCCAAGACUCAUGUUAAAACAGCCUCUCUUGGGUUGGCUGGAAAGGCAAGAUCUCCUUUGCUUCCUGUAUCUGUGCCAACAGCCCCUGAAGUGUCUGAGGAGGGUCACAAACCACCAGAGGAUCCAGCCAAUGUGUAUGAACAGGAUGAUCUGAGUGAACAAAUGGCAAGUUUGGAAGGGCUAAUGAAGCAACUUAACGCCAUCACAGGCUCGGCCUUUUAACAUGUAUUGUUCCAUUGAUGAGGUGAAUUUUCCAGGAACUCUGCAGCAUACUAAUUACCUAUAAACAGCACACCUGUGUCCAAGAAAUCUAACCAGUGUACAGGUCACCCUUAAGGACCACUCAGUUAUGGAAGAUCCUGAAGCAGUUCAGAAGGAAUAAGCAUCCCUUCUUUCAUAGGCAUCAGGAAUUUAAAAAUGAUGACUAUGUGGUCUCUAAACGAAAGCAAAGAUACAUCUUCACUGCAAUGUCAAACCUGAAGCUGCUAGAAUAGUCCUGGGUCUUUGCCGCUGCAGUGAUCACACUGUCAUAACUAAUGCUUAUGUUUACCUUCAUCGUGGUCUGUCAUUUUCGCUAUGUAUAGGUCUAGUCUUACAAAAUGUAAGUGCAUCAUUUAAGCCUGUACCAUGCCAUGGCAAAUCAGUACAAGCUCACUAUUUUGUUUUCAACUUCAAAGUACAAAGCACCCAUGGGAAUUCUCUCACUACAUAGCACCAAAGGAUUGGAUGUUUUCCUGACAGCACAAAAAGUAAAUAACAAACAAGAGGUAGCGAAUGCUUAUGUUUUGUAACUCAGUCAUUCAUCCUGCACAAGUGGUGGAUAUUAGCAAGUGGCUGUGAAAUUCACCCAUUUUAGCAAGUAUUUAUAAAUUCACCCUUGGUUAACAUUUAUGACUGGAGAACAGGAACAUAACAAUCUGCAACCAGUGGCAUCCUGCCAGCAGCAGUCCAUUUCCUGAAAGAGGAUACAAUAUGCAAUCUUCUCAGACACACAGUAUUUAUGUGCUUAAGCUUGUAAUAGGACAUUUUUCAAUUUGGGUGGCUUUUGUGCCAUACCACACUGUGAUGACGUUUCAAAGCUUCACCAAGGCCGUCUUCCUCAGGAGUCUGGCCGGAAGAGUUUCCCCCUCUGCCCUGUCCCUCCCUGAUUUCUCCUUGGCAGCCAGCCUUGGAUGAGGUGGCCAGCUCCAUACAUCCCAUGGCCUCUUACCCAACAUCCCUGUAACCCUCUGCAGAUAUGACAGACUCCCUGAGAACAGGCCCUGAGGAAGGGAAGGAAAAUAGAAGGCAGUUUCAGACAGUACCUUCUCUUGAGUCAUGUCACUUCCGCCAACAGGGUCCUCACUGACUCAGGGCAGUAUUGGUAGGUGGCAACCACCAAGCCCUGUUGUCUAAAGAACCUUCUACACCAUUGCUUGCCCAGAGUCAGAGAGGAGCAGAGAGAAGUCAUCUCUUGACACUUCUGACACAUCAUUAAUCCAGCGGAUGCGUUUCAAAGCUGCAUCUUCAUUGUGAGCUAGAAUUUUAAGCUUCUAUUGCCAUGUUUAUUUACAGCUUGGAACUGGGUGAAAUUAAGAACAUUCUGUGUGCAUCAUUUUAGUUUCUAAAUUCUCAGCUGCAUUUGGAGUUAAUCCCUGUUUAUGCAGCUGAAUUGCCAAAAGGAAGCUAGUUUGCAUAUUUAUCAGUUAGGCAACUUGAAAAUCCAGUAAGCGAGUUUUAACUGAAUUAUUCCUUUCAGCUCUGCCUUUGAUUUCAAGCUUGAGUAGGCCAUCAUUUUAAAAGAGCAUGGAAGGGAUAGGAUCUUUACAACCUAAUAGCUCCUUUUAUUAGGUGGGUAAUUAUAUAUGAAUCUCUGAAUGAAAUAUUUUGAGCAAAAUGGCACUGUAACAGAAGUAAUAAUUCAGGUUAUUUUUUUACAGUUUUAUGUCGGGAAGGAAAUCUGAUGUCAAAGAGAGGGCUUGUUCAAAUGGUUCAUUAGAAAAUCUGGUCCAUUUGUGAAAUUAUUCCUUCAACAAGAGUGCAUGUUCAAUUUACUAAGAUUUUCCUAAAGUCCUCCCGAAGAGCUAUGUGAUGUUAUUCUAUGGAGCAGGUUGGUCUUGUAAAACAUCUGGGCGCUUAGGUAGACAACUCUCCACUGACCUGGAACAAGGCAUUUCCUAACAUAAUGUUGAAUCUUGCAGAAAUAAUCUAUUACUUCAGAAAAGAAAAUAUACAUUAGGCUAGCUUUACCUUCUUGAGAUCCUACAAUGGCUUCUUCUUUUCAAUACUCACAAACAAGGAACAUUCUCUGAAGGCAAUUGACAUCCAAGGAAGGUCAUCCUGAGUGCUCAGUUUGGAAUGGACUGCAAAUCUCACAUUUCAGGGGUUGAGUCUCAUCUUCAAUCUGUAGACUAUAGCUGGACAAUCAAGAGAACUAGCAUUGUCACAAAAUUCUAGAUGCCUCUAGUCAAAGUCAAUGACCUUAGGAAAUAAAAUGUUUAAAAUACAUGAAAAUAUAAUUAUUUGUUUCCAGUGAGAGAUAUGUUUCUGCUGCAUGCUCUUGAAAUUCUCUCAAGAGACUCUUGUGUGAUAUACCCAAUGGUUUUAAUAUGCAGUGACUUUACCACAACUCUGCUCCCUACUCUCUCCGAUAGUUCACAUAUGUAUACAACUGCCUGCCCAAGUUUUCAGGUAACUUUUUAAUCUCCCAGUCUCCUGAUCUCUUGGCAAGAAGCAAUCUGUGAAUACUGCAAGAUAGCCUCUAUUUUGUUCCUAUUCUGAGUCUGGUUCAUGACAUACAGGCUCUUUAAGCUCAUAAAUCUCUCUGACUCCCAUAGCGCCAUGCUUGACAGCAAACCAGCAGCUCUGCUGCCAGGACUCAUUUCUUCCUGAAAAAGAAGAAAAUAAAACUUGGCAUAGCAUGCUCAGGCCUCUCCUGCACUGUGCUGAACUGUCAGGCAAGAGCCUCCUCUUGAAAAAAUUCAGUGUUUUUCUUUUGUAUUUCAUACUGAUAAGAAAGCUAUUUUCUUUCCUCUAGAAAUUUCUGCAUUUGUUAAACUCACAAAAAUGCAGAUAGCUCAAAAUGCAUACAGCAUAUUUGGAGGAUGCCCUAGCCAAAAGUGAAAUAUUUCUUAGUGAGUCACAUCCAAUACGAAACCAGUCAUAGCUACCUCUUUGUAGAACAGAACUAUAAGCUUCUAAAAUAUUUCAAUAAUGGAACUUGACAUUUGGGUAUUAUAAAAUGCACACUCAGUUAAAAAAUCUGAAAAAAAAAAGAACAUAUCAAGCUAGGGAUAUAAGAGGUAAAUUUAUUAAGGCUUCUUAUAGGGGUUGGAUAUAAUAUUACUCUCUUCAAAUAAGACUUGUUCAAAAUGACAUGUAUGUUCAGUCCUCUGCCUUGGUAAGAGCUACGAAAGGAGAGCUGCCUAGCAUGAGAGUGUCAUUCCAGGCAAUAUUUGGAAACUGUAAAGUUUGGCACUCAUUGGCUUUUCCAAUAAAGAAUCUCUAAGUACAGGUCUUUCUGGAAGGCUUCAUAGUGUGUGCUUGAAGAUGGUUGCUCAUUCUGAUCCAUCCUUUUGAAACAUCUGUCUGUUGACUUUGUUUAAAGAAACAUCAUUCGGUCGUCUCCAAAUUUAAGAGUGCCUCAUAUAUAGCAGCUGGAGUAUAAUUCAUACAAAAAAAGGUCACCUCUAAAGAGAUCACCUUACCAUUUUAGAUAAAAUUGUAUCCCAGAUUCAGACUUCUUAUAGCUUUAGAAUGUCCAUUUCUAGUCCAUGAGAGAGAGAAAAACAGAAAAAUUCCCUAGUUUUAGGUGUGUUUAUAGAAAACAAAAUCAUCUGAACUUUAAAAUAGAUGUGGAGCAAGUUUGCUUUCCCUCCCCCAACCAGUUUACUUCAUGCAACCACAGAACAUCCUGAGGCCAGAGGUUAGUCUCCUAGCCUGCUCAUAACCAUGUACACAAUACACAGCCCACAACAUUCUAAAGCAGCAGAAGUGGUUGUACAUUCAAAUCUACAAUCUCUUUCUUUUGUUAAUCGCUUUUCAGAAAUCAAUGUAAUAUUAUACAGACAAGCUUUUCACUUGAU